GCUCCAGAACCGGCAUGGAAGUGGCUCAGGUGAACCUACAUCACGCAUCGGCGGCCUCGGCAGUCAUCGUGAAGAGGUUCAUCUCGGAUAACCUGAGCAUCCUUCUAAUCCAGGAGCCCUGGGUUUUCAGAGGAGAGGUAAGAGGCCUCAACACGAGUAAUAGCAAGGUAAUCUGGGAUCUCUCUAGCGAGAGACCCCGUUCCUGUGUAGUCGUUAGAGCCGAUAUAGACUUUUUCUGUAUUUCAGAGUUUCUAACGCAAGAUCUGGUGGCUGUGCAGGUGAAGGACAAGGAGGUGUCGGACUUUGUCAUGGCGUCCGCGUACUUCCCGGGUGAGACAGCUACGGCACCCCCCCCAUCGAUACUCAGUUUGGUGGAGUAUUGCAGGGCCAACAAUCUUCCCCUGACCCUAGGAUGCGAUGCCAAUGCGCAUCAUACGGAAUGGGGUAGUACGGACUGCAACGUGAGGGAUGAUCCUGAAAGAAGUUCUGCUGACAACGCGGAUGCACCUUUUUUCCGAGGGACUGCCGGAAAUGGCGUCGUAAUGACUGCCAUUUUGAUAUUUUUUUUUUUGAAAAUGUUGCAAAAUGUUUAUUAAAUAUGAGCCUUUUAAAUAAAAACAAAUUUCAUUAAUUUAAUUAACAAUAAAAUUAUUAC